AAAAAAAAAAAAAAAAAGUCACCACAGAAGCAGUUCAGGAUACUCGGGUUGUUUUAAGUAUCCGAAAUGAUCAAGACAUCAAUGUUAUGUUAUCAAGGUCUUCAAGAUGGCUAAUUAAAGCGGGAAAUAAGAUAUUAAUUUUGUUAAUGUAUAUCGCAUCCUAGUCAGGGACCUUGGACAUCUGUGCAGCAGUAGACAAAUGGUUUGGGACCUUGGAACUGGAAUAAGAAUCAUGGAAUCAUGUGAUGACGACUAUGGAAGAACACAGACCACUUUUCCACCUUUUCAAAAAAGACUAUUUUCUUUUUUUCCUUAGCCUCAUUCUCUCCUUCAUUCCACAAUGGCUAAUGUCGCAUUUUCUAUCCCAUUUGUCGUCUUCUCCGGCUCCCGGAUGGUUGGGAGAGGCGCGUGUCUUUCGACUGCUCUCAGAAAUAGUAAUAUUAGUCUAGGCUCAAGCAUAAAGCCGUUGACUUUUUCGGUGACAGCGCGUCGUUGGUCAAGCAGUGACAAAAAGGAUCACCUUCCCCCACAUCCACUCCCUACUACUUCGUCAUCAGGCCACCCUUCUCCACUUUCCAAUGAAGAUAAAUCCACGCCCAUGGGUACAUCGUCCUCUACCAAGACUAUGGAGUCGACAUCUACGAUUGCAGGAAAGGCUGCUAAGGAACAAGCGCCUCGUCUUAAGAAGCUACAAGAGCAACAGCAGGCAGCCAAGGGUUCUAAAGCACCUUAUUCAACAACAGCAACAGCAAAGCCCGCAGUAACUCAAGCAAGUGAGGUCGAAGAGACUGCAACGAUGGAUUGGAACUCGUAUUUUCAACUCCGAAGAACUCGUCGUAAUUAUGAGCGUGCCUUCAUGGUCCCUUGUGCAUUGCUGAGCACAGUAAGUGCGGGCUAUUAUUUUGCACAGCAGGAUUUUGAUCCGACUCCCAUCUUUGGAAUGGACCAGGUGGUUGUGUAUGGUCUUGGAACUGUGGCCGCUGGCGUUGUUGGGCUUGCAAUGGGUCCUGUUGUUGGAAAUAUUGCCUUCAGAAUGAAUCAUGCGAAAGCGAAGCCACUAGUUGAUAGUAUGGACAAGGAAUUCCGCAAGCAUAUCGUCAAGAACCGUGCGGAUCCAAGUACCAACUCUGUAACGUCCCCACUUCCAGAUUAUGAGGGUGAAAAGAUCAAGUCUGUCAGUGAUUAUCGCAAAUGGCUUCGUAAGCAGCGUGAGCACCGUCGCAAAGCGACAUUCUUUGUUUGA